ACAGCGUAUGUGUCCGACCCGUCCCUCCCAAAAGGAGGCGGUUGGAACAAUUAGUUCCGCUUUCUCUGAUGCUGGAAUCCCUGGUGGUCCUCUGGAAUACUAUGGUUCUUAUUGUUCUCGGAAGGAGUUUUGCCUCGUCGGUAUUCCCCAACUCCCGGGUCUGUGCACCGAUGAGUCUGACUUUUAGCAUUCUUUCCUGACAGGAAAUUUGGAAGCCGAUGACUGUUUCCGGGGGGAGCGGAGAAGAGGUGCUCACUUCCGACGGAAGGAGGCUUUUCUGGAGGGAUGGAGGAGGCGGAGGAGCUGCUCUCCGAGGGCGAGACACUGCGGCUCGCCCCUGACCCGCGCCUGGGCCCGGACUUGGGAUGGAUCCCUCCUGGACAAGGCUGUGCUCAGGCCCUCAAGGACUUCCCGCCCGGGCCGACCCGGGCCGUCCUGGCUCUAAAGAGCCUCCCCCGGGGCUUGGCCCUUGGCCCUUCAGUCGCCGAGGAGCAGCGCUUAGGGGUCUGGUGUGUCGGGGAAGCCCUGCAGCCGGGACUGCUCUGGGGGCCGCUGGAAGAGGAGUCUGUAUCGGAGCAGAAGGAUGAAGGAGCGAAACCACGGCAGGAGGAGGACGUGUCACUAGGCCCAUGGGGAGACGUGUGUGCUUGUGAGCAGAGUUCAGGCUGGAUCAGUUUGGUGCAGCGGGGCAGGCUGGAAAGUGAGGGGAACGUGGCCCCGGUGCGGGUCAGCGAGAAGCUCCAUCUGCAGGUGUACCAGGUCAUACUGCCAGGCUCUGAGUUGCUGCUGUGGCCCCAGCCUCCCUCUGAGGGCCUGAGCCCCAUCCAGCCCAGACUAGAAGAAGAGGUAGCCAUGGCUGUGGUGACAGAAGCGGACUCUGCUGUCCAACGGGAGGUGGACUCCCCAGGGCAAGAUGCAGCAGAACCUUGGGCAGAUCCUGGUCACCAGUCACCAACCCCCAGCAUCCAGGCAGAGAGUAUGGUAAGCCCUGGACUUAAGCCCCAAACCCAGGAUCAGCUUUCCAAGGAGAGCCAACCACUCGGCCUGCCCCCUCAGGAUGGCAGCGUGGAGGAGGAGGACCCACCCCAGACACAGGUGCCACCUGAACCUCCGAGCAGCUCUGCUCCCCAGCAGGGCCCAGAGAGCAGUGAGGCCGGUUGCUCACCUUCUGCCAGGGACAACCAGCUGCAUGCUUACCUGGUCAAGAAGUUACAUAGCCCCAGUGGUCAGUGCCCACCCAGAGAAAAGACCUCGGAGCCCAGGGCCCAGCAGGCUGGAGAACAGCAGGGGCCAGCAGGCUUCCCUGCACGCUUGCGGAGCCCUGCUGGCCCAACAGGAAGCUCCCCGAAACAGAGGCGGCGGUACCGGUGUGGGGAGUGUGGCAAGGCCUUCCUGCAGCUGUGCCACCUGAAGAAGCACGCGUUUGUGCACACAGGCCACAAACCCUUCCUUUGCACUGAGUGUGGCAAGAGCUAUAGCUCAGAGGAGAGCUUCAAAGCCCACAUGCUGGGCCACCGUGGGGUGCGGCCCUUUCCUUGCCCACAGUGCGACAAGGCCUAUGGCACCCGGCGAGACCUCAAAGAGCACCAGGUGGUACAUUCAGGUGCCAGGCCCUUUGCAUGUGACCAGUGUGGCAAGGCCUUUGCCCGCCGGCCCUCCCUGCGGUUGCAUCGCAAGACCCACCAGGUGCCAGCUACCCCUGCCCCAUGCCCAUGCCCCGUGUGUGGGCGGCCCCUGGCCAACCAGGGCUCCCUGCGGAACCACAUGCGGCUCCACACAGGGGAGAAGCCCUUCCUGUGCCCACACUGUGGCCGGGCGUUCCGCCAGCGGGGCAACCUGCGUGGGCACUUGCGGCUGCACACAGGGGAGCGGCCUUACCGCUGCCCGCACUGCGCUGACGCCUUUCCCCAGCUGCCUGAGCUGCGGCGCCAUCUUAUCUCGCACACUGGGGAGGCCUACUUGUGUCCCGUGUGCGGGAAGGCCCUUCGAGACCCACAUACAUUGCGUGCUCAUGAGCGUCUGCACUCAGGGGAGAGGCCCUUCUCAUGCCCCCAGUGUGGCCGGGCUUACACGCUGGCUACCAAGCUGAGGCGCCACCUCAAAUCCCACCUGGCCGACAAGCCCUACCGCUGUCCCACCUGUGGCAUGGGCUACACCCUCCCGCAAAGCCUCAAGCGGCACCAGCUCAGUCACCAGCCUCCCGCUGCUUCUGAGCCCACUGUGGUAUUAUUGCAGACUGAGCCAGAACUAGACACCUGCGGGGAACGGGACGUCUCCCCAGCCCGGGACGUCUUUGAGGUCACCAUUUCUGAGAGCCAGGAUAAGUGCUUUGUGGUACCUGAGGAACCAGGCCCCACUUCCAGCCUGGUGCUCAUCCAUAAGGAUAUGGCCUUUAGCGCCUGGGCAGAAGUGGUGGAGGUAGAGAUGGGCACCUGACCACCCCCCCCAGGGGAGUUCUAUAUAAAGCUAGUGUUUUCUAGCUGCUGGGUGUCUGCGUCUUUCUCUUUGGGUUGCCUGAUGGAGGCUACUCUGAGAAGCAGAUCAAGGAUUUCCCUUCCUGUUCAUGGACCACCACAUUGUUUCCCAAGACUGUAAGGAAAACCUGUUCUGGGUUUAAGAACUUCUUACUGACUUCCUAUAGAGCUUGUUCUGCUUUCUUCUCCAGGAACUCUUCAAGGUGCUCGUUCUUUAAAUGUGAUGGAAGUGCCCCCCCCUCAGGUAGUCCUGGAGCUGCCCUGCUGGGGUGCUUAGUGCUGGCAUCAUCAUUCCCACUGAGCCCCCUGAGGGACAAGCACUUCCAUCUUGAACCAAAUGGAAUGACUUGAGGGUUAAAAGGCCAGAGGCUGAAAAAAAAAAAAAAAGACCAGAUGCUGAGCUCAGCUCACGGCUUUCAGUUCUAACUUGGGCUGUAGGUGGUUUGGGCAGCCUUUCUCACCGUCUGAGGGCUGUGACGUUGGUUUUCUUUCUGUGCUGACAGACACCAGACUCACUGAAGGCAGCCAGGGACAGAUCUGGAGCCUUCUGAAGACCUGACCAAAGGCAGCCCUAUUGAGGGAAGGAACGAAUACAGGUUUUGCAUCAGUGGUGGGCCUGGGCCACCCUGGGUGCUGGGACGCAGCUGUGAGCCAGACCGGGGUGACGUCCUUUACAGAGCUCAUGAUCUAGGGCAGGAAGCGUUGGACAAGAGUUUGCAGAGGAUCUGUAGCUAGUGCUACGUGGACGUGUUACAUGGGAUGGUUUGGCUUGGUCUGGGGGCAUCAGGGACAGUGUCCCCAAGGAAUCAUAAUGAUAAACACUCAGCCCUUUUUGUGGGCCAGUUCUU